AACCUCUCUCCUUUCCGCCCCAAAAACCCCUUCUUCUCGGUGUGCUACUACCCCUUCUGUGUCUUCUCCUCCCAAGCCUGCCAUGAGAACCGACGUAGAUACCCUCUGGGUCUUUGCUCUGGCCUCCAAAUGUAGAGCCUUUACACAAGAAAAUAUUGCAUGGUCACUUUUGAUCAUGGGUCUCGCUUCGCUAGCCAUUGUCCUUCUUCACUGGGCUCAUCCCGGUGGUCCAGCUUGGGGAAAACACAACCUUAAGAAAGGAUUUAAAACUGGUGCUAGGACAAUUCCUGGUCCGAGGGGGUUGCCUCUUAUUGGCAGCAUGAACCUAAUGGCUUCCCUCGCGCACCACCGGAUUGCUGCUGCCGCCAAAGCAUGCAAAGCCAAGAGACUUAUGGCUUUUAGCCUAGGCGAUACACGUGUUAUCGUGACAUGCAACCCCGACGUUGCCAAAGAAAUACUUAACAGUACGGUGUUCGCAGAUCGUCCAGUGAAGGAGUCUGCUUACAGACUAAUGUUCAACAGAGCAAUUGGGUUCGCUCCUUAUGGAGUGUACUGGCGUACCCUCAGAAGAAUCGCAGCUACACAUCUUUUCUGUCCGAAGCAAAUAAAAGCUGCUGAGGCUCAGAGAUGCAUAAUAGCUUGUCAGAUGGUGGACAUGUUGAAGGACCAUGAUCAAAAUUUUACAGUUCGUGGAUUACUUAAACGUGCUUCCUUGAACAACAUGAUGUGUUCGGUUUUUGGACUCGAAUAUAGACUAGAUUCUCUAACUAAUGAAGUGGAAGAGCUUAGAGGACUAGUUGAUGAAGGAUACGAUCUAUUGGGUACCCUUAAUUGGACCGACCACCUUCCUUGGCUAGCAGACUUUGACCCCCAAAAAAUCCGGUUCAGAUGCUCAAGCCUGGUGCCAAAAGUGAACCGAUUCGUGAGCAGAAUCAUCGCAGAACACCGAGUUCCAAGAGGUGGCGAAACCAGAGAUUUCGUGGAUGUUUUACUGUCUCUUCAAGGCCCCGAAAAACUAUCAGACGCCGAUAUGAUCGCCGUUCUUUGGGAAAUGAUCUUUAGAGGCACUGACACUGUGGCGGUUCUGAUCGAGUGGAUACUAGCAAGGAUGGUGCUUCAUCCUGAUGUUCAAUCAAGGGUCCAUGAUGAGCUGGACAAGGUGGUGGGUAGAUCACGGGCCGUUGCUGAGUCUGAUAUCACGGCUAUGCUGUAUCUCAACGCGGCAGUGAAGGAAGUGCUGAGGCUGCACCCACCAGGCCCACUACUCUCCUGGGCCAGGUUAGCCAUAACUGAUACAGUCAUUGAUGGGUAUCACGUGCCUGCAGGGACCACUGCAAUGGUGAAUAUGUGGGCCAUAGCAAGAGACCCAGAAUUGUGGGCUGACCCACUUGAAUUUAUUCCUGAGAGGUUCGUGGCAAAAGAGGGCGAGAUGGAGUUUUCCGUGCUAGGGUCGGAUCUUAGGCUUGCGCCUUUUGGGUCGGGUAGGCGUACCUGCCCGGGAAAGAACCUGGGAUUAACGACGGUAACCUUUUGGGUUGCGUCACUGUUGCAUGAAUUUGAAUGGCUACCGUCCGAUGAGAAUGGUGUUGACUUAUCAGAGGUGCUGGGGCUGUCCUGCGAGAUGGCUAAUCCGUUGACCGUUAAAGUACGGGCCAGACGGCACUAAAUUAAGCCUCAUUACUCCUUUUAUCUUUAUUAGUAUGAUCAGAGUUCAGAAAUCUUAAAAAUCGAUCAACCAUAUGAUCAGGUUGUCUUGGGUGUGUCUGUUGGGUGUCGCUUUUGUUAAGGUAUCUCUUUAUAAAAUUAUAUGACUUGUUUUCCACUCAUGUAAAUACGGGUGAAAAAGUAAUACAAAUUUCAACUUUUAAUCUUCA